UCAGCUGGAGAACAGGAACCUUUCCCUUCUUGCCAACUUUGGUAAGAAAGGAGAUCGCCCCUGCAGCGGCUUCUGGGCGGUCCUUCCCCCGCCCCCCUCCACACCCCGCCCCCCAACCCCAGGCCAUCCCGCCCGCAGUCCUCAUUGGGCUCGCUGGGUGGGGGAGGGAGGCGGGGAUCCCGCUAGUGCGCUUCCCCUCUGGGCCCCGUGGGUUUAAAGAACUAGGUGGUCGUCCCGGCAUUCUUGUCUGACCUUUAACCUUGGAGCGGGAGCGCCGUUCUCGUGCACGCGCGGCGACCGUUGGCGGGGGUGGCGGUGUGGCGGCGUUGCUGGGUGAGGACGUGGCUGCGGACCUUCGCCCAAGGGCCGGCUGCGGGCUGCUGGCGAGGGCCGAGGGGGCCGCGGAGAUGACUGGACGGGCGGCAGGGGCGGGCGGGCCGGGAGCCGGGGGAGGCGGGUCCGGGCGUCCCUGGGGCUCCCGGCAGAUUGCAGGUUCCUCCCGAGAAUCAAGGGCCACACCCGCCGCACGGGAGGAAGCCCCCCCCCUCCCCCGGCCCCCCACGCCUGGAGUGUGGGUUACUGUGGCCUCUGCCCUGUGGCGUGGAUCAAGCUCCAGGAGAUGCGCCUUUCAGGGGUGGUUUGCAACUUCAUCUGUAACGUUAUACUCAUGAUGCUCUGUGCAUUUACAAUGUAUUACAUAAUAAAGACGUGGUCGCUUUUAGGGGAAAUGUCUGAAAAACUGAGAAGAUGCAGAAAGGAGCUGACUGCAGCCAUUGACCGAGCCUUUGAAGGUGUCAGUCAUUCCCAGGAGUGCUCAGACCAGCAGAGGCUGGAGCAGGAUACCGCGCCGCCGCUCUCCUUCCCCCUUCCUGUGCACCGGCUCCUCUGCAGGAGGCACCCGCUGGCAGCCUGCUCCUCCUCCCCUGCUCCUUUUGCUCCAGUCCCUUGUGCUUCUGAGACAGAGAGCCCUGCCUUUGCUCCAAACCAUGCCCCAAUGAAUGCAAAGCCACAUGCUUUAUGCGCGAAAAGAAAACCUCUGACCAGUAAGGAAAACGUAUUGAUGCAUUCCUCCAUUUGGGCACCCGAAAGACAGUUUUGGAGAGCUGCGGGAGAUGGGGAGAACUGGAGAAAAGACAGACUAAGGAAAGAUAUGGAGAAAGAUUUGAAGGUUGACUCAAACAUGCCACUCAGCAAUUCUAGCCAAGAGGUCACAAAGGAUCUGCUUGAUAUGAUCGACCAUGCAAGCAUCCGAGCUAUUGAAGAACUGGCUGGGAAGCUAGAAUUUGAAAAUGCGCUGAGCCGUGUGUGUGGCCGCUGCGGAGGCUCGCCCUUCAGGGAGGAGGCCUGGGCUCUGCUCUCCGAUGAGAGCCCUCAGAAGGCCUCAGAUGCAGAGCCUGGCAGCCUCAAGCAGGCUUUUGAUGAUCACAGUAUCGUCGAGACUGUGCUGGACUUGGAAGAGGACUACAAUUUGAUGGCCUCUUUUAAAUACCAAAUUGAGUAAGGACGGCUUUGGUUCUUUCCAGCAGGAGGCUGUCUCUCAAGCAGUGAUCAGUGUCACUGUGGGCCACUGUGGGCUGGCAGAAUCUGGGUUACCACACCCUCUUUAACUUCUAGUUGUGUCCCUUUUUGAUCUGAAAGCCCCCCCCCUUUUUUUUUUUCUGUUGCUUUGAAAUGUUUCUUACUGUUGACUUGUUUUUCACUUUUCUUGACAUCUCAAAUGUGUCUUUGAUUGACGUUGAAUACAUCCGGUACCCAAGGCGGGUAUGGGUUGUGGGCC